AUGGACGGCGGCGCCUCCUUCCAGGCCGUCGCGGCCGCCGCCGCCAUGGAGAUGGAGGAGUAUCUCAACUGGAAGAAGAACGCGCCGGUGCUCUACGACCUCGUCAUGUCCCACCCGCUCGAGUGGCCCUCGCUCACCGUCCAGUGGCUCCCCUCGGGGUCCCCGGCCUCCGCCCGCUCCCACCGCCUCGUCCUCGGCACCCACGCCUCCGACGACUCCCCCAACCACCUCAUGCUCGUCGACGCCGUGCUCCCGCUCCCGCCGCGCCUGGCCGCGGCGGCCGCCGCUGAGGGCCGCGCCGUCCCGGCCCCGUCCGUGUCCAUCGGCCGCUCGGCGCCGCAUCAGGGCGAGGUCAACCGCGCCCGGUGCAUGCCGCAGCGGCCGUACACCGUGGCCACCAAGACCUGCGUCGACGAGGUGCACGUGUACCACCUCGGGGAGGACGGCGACAAGGGCGGCGCGGAUGUCGUGCUCAGGGGUCAUGGCGCGGAGGGGUAUGGGCUGGCGUGGAGCGCGAUGAAGGAGGGGUUCCUCCUGAGCGGCUCGUAUGAUAAGAAGAUUUGCCUGUGGGAUCUCAAGGCCGGGAAUGGAGCCCCGGUUCUGGACGCGCAACAGGUGUUUGAGGCUCAUGAGGAUGUCGUUGAAGAUGUUGCUUGGCACCUUAAGGAUGAAAACCUAUUUGGAUCUGUUGGUGAUGACUGCAAGUUCAUGAUGUGGGACCUGCGUACGAACAAACCAGAACAAUCUAUAGUUGCGCACCAAAAGGAAGUUAACUCUCUAUCCUUCAAUCCAUUUAAUGAAUGGAUCUUGGCUACAGCAUCUGGCGAUGGAACUAUUAAGCUAUUUGACUUGCGAAAACUAUCUAGAAGCUUGCAUGCUUUCGACAACCAUGACACGUGCAGGGGCGAGGUUUUCCAGGUUGAGUGGAAUCCAAAUCUGGAGACUGUAUUAGCUUCCCAUGCUGCAGACAAAAGGGUGAUGAUAUGGGACGUUAGCAGGAUCGGCGAGGAGCAGGCGGACGAGGACGCGGGUGACGGGCCACCGGAGCUCCUUUUCGUCCACGGCGGGCACACGGCCAAGAUCUCGGAGCUGUCGUGGAACCCCAGCGAGAAGUGGGUGGUGGCCAGCGUGGCGGAGGACAACGUGCUGCAGAUCUGGGAGGUGGCAGAGAGCAUCUACAGCGACGACACCAGCAACAGCAACAACGCCUCGUUCCUGUCCACAUAA